CCCACCUUUUCCCCUCUCUUCAGCUCUCUCUCUCUCUUUUGUAAGAGAUGGAGACGCUCCUCUUCUCCUAUCUCUGAUCAUUUCUACGCUUUUCCUCACUUUUUCUCUCCGAGAAUGGGUUGUUUUCUUCGAUGCUUCGGUGGUGACAAGCCUCAGAAACGCCGCAAACAUCGGGCCAGCCCUCACCGCCAUAGAAACAGAACACAAAAUGAUCAGCUGGAGAACAAAAUCACUGCACAACGGUCUGUGGCAGAAACUAACCCUGCUAACUUGCUCUUGGAGGUUUUGGAGUUGGGGAAUAAACCUGAGGUGGUGGAGCGAGGGAGCCCGAUCCCAAGCCCCAAGAAGAGUCCGAGCGCGAGUCCAAGGAAAAGAGUUACAUUUAACUCAAAUGUCAAGACAUACGAGCAUGUUCGAGUCCAUGACAGCAUCGAGUCCUUGCCAGGGGGUGUGGCUGAGGGAGAGAAGCAGGAAGACUUGAAAUCACCAAGUCAUUCACAGGCACUAUCUAAAGAGGAUGAUUCUGUCACAUCAAGUGUUGCAUCUUAUCCUCCAAAUCAUAGGUAUCAUAAUGCCAGAGAAAGUGAUGAUGAAGCUGAAGAGUAUGGUGAUAGCGAUUUGGAGGAUUUGGAUGAUGAAGAUGACAAUGGAGAUGAUUACUACUCCGAUGAAGAUACGAAUACUAGAGUUCCUGGCCAUCAAGUGUGGUCUGAACCUGUUGUAACUGCAUCAAUGGAGUCGAGGACAGGAAGCUCUUCACCUCCAGCCACGGUGCAAGUAGAGAGUGUGAUGGUGAAUACUCAGCUGCCUGACGACGAGGAAGCCAAAGAAUUAGGAUCAAGAACCAAUGCCAGAGAUAGAAGCGAUUAUAUCAAUUCAGUGCUCAACCCUGUUGAGAAUAUUACUCAAUGGAAGGCUGCAAAGUCAAAAGGGACAGUUGUAGUGAAGCCACAGAAGGAGAACUUUGAGGCUCCUCGCAUGUCGUUUAGCUCAGAGCCCAUAUUCGGGCAGGCGCCCUCUAGUUUCAAGGCAAAGUCUCAUCAAUCAAAAAAUGCAAAUCAAGACACAUUGGUUGAUGCAAGUCUUUCAAAUUGGAUAGGUACUCCUGAAGUUGCAACCUCCAAGAAGACCAGUUUUAGUGGCUUCGAGACAAUCACUAAAUCCCCACAGACGACCACAUCAGAAGGCUGCUGCACUUCUCCGAUGAGCUUUGAAGAUAGGCCAAUAUUAGGCGCAUUGACAGUUGAAGAGCUGAGGCAAAUCUCAGCAUCACCGUCCCCAAGGAAGUCUCCUAAUCGAAGCCCUGAUGAGAUGCCCAUUAUAGGGAGUGUUGGUACCCACUGGAAUAGCUCGGGUUCAGCACAGCAUUCUGGUGCAGCACCAUCUUUUAAAGGCAUACCAAACACAACCAGCAAGUACAGAGAGGAUAAGAAAGUUAAUUGGCACUCCACUCCUUUCGAAACGAGAUUGGAUAGAGCUCUCAACAGAGGUGCUGCAUGACGGCAUGAGCUUAAUUUUUAUGGAAGCGAAUCAAGUGUUUAGACCUUUUUCGGUUUGUUUCUCACGUCUGAGAAGUUAGUUUUCUGCUUGUGAAUGAAUUCCUGUAGUGUUGUGAAUGCAUACUUAGUUGAUUUUUUCUUCCAUGAAUUCGAGGUUGUAAUAUUGCAUAUGUGAAAUGGAUUGAUUGGUUUGUUUUCGGAGGCA